AUGGCCCUCCAUCUACGAAUUUUUGGAAAUUUGGAUGCGCACUACAGUCUCCAGCUACUUGGACGAGCUACCCUGGAAGCACAACAAAUCGAAUUGAGGGAACCGCUUGCAUCACUGCUAUUUGACUUCACGCCAGAUUUCAUACCGCCGGUAGAAUAUGCUAAGCCAGUUGUAAUCGAAUCCGAAAUCGAUUGCAGGCUCUCGACUCUUGCUCGUCAGUGCUCUCUGGAUCUCUGGACUGGAUCGAGUGCGACAACUGCCCUUGUGCGAGAAUGGUUGAAGGUCUGUGCGGAUACUCAUGAAAGAUGCUGCCAAUCUGUUACUGAAACGGUUGCCUUGCCGAGUCGGCUGAUUGAUGUUGGAGAAGAUAUGAAAACCUGUGAACACGUUCGUCUGCGACUGCUGGAGGAUAUUGGGAAAAUCAUGGAUCUGUCGAGCCUCGAAUACCUCACUUUGAGUCAUCGCUGGCCUCAAGAUCCGAUCAAGUGUCUGACCCUGGAGAACAUGAAGGACAUGCAAAAAUUGAUUGCUAUUGAAGAUUUGCCUCCCAGCUUUCAGCAAGCUGUGCUUCUCACUCGACGUCUUGGUUAUCGAUAUCUGUGGAUUGAUUCCUUGUGCAUAAUUCAGAACUCAGCGGCUGACUGGCAACAUGAGUCAGCUGAAAUGGGGGACAUUUAUCAAAGAGGAGUUCUGAACAUUGCUCCUUUGUCAGAGUCCUAUGAGAAGGUUGAGGGUUUUGAAUAUCGAAGACCGUUCAGGUAUCUCGAUUGCACGAUCGACGGGACAUGGCGUAUCAGUUUCCGUGAUAUACAACGGAAACAAGGUGCUGUAUACGGAGAACUGUUGUCACGAGGUUGGGUUGUGCAAGAGCAGGUUCUUUCGCCGCGAACCAUAUUCUACCACUCCGAUGGAGUGGUGUGGAAGUGCCGCCACAUCUUAGCCAGCGAACAACUUCCAAAGAACAUUAGAUUUGACAAAGAAUUGGAAGAUUCGUACCCAAACCUCAAGCUCGCGAUUACGAAACUCAAGCUGUAUGAGUUACCGGACCUUUCACACCCCUCUGAGCAGUUCUGGAUAUUCUAUAAGGCUUGGACACAGCUCAUAGGGUACUAUACCAACUGUCAACUUACGGUUGAGAGCGACAAGCUAGUCGCUAUAUACGGUAUAGUGCGCAAGGUUGAAGAGAGCUGCGAAUUGCGCUCCAUUGCCGGUCUCUGGCGGCAAUUAUUGCCCAUAGAGAUGCUCUGGUACACACCCAGCGGAUGGUAUGAGACUGACGAUAAACCAUAUCGAUCCCCGUCUUGGUCAUGGGCAUCUCGAUACUCAAAUUGUCACAACGACUGUGCCAACAUGAUUACGCCUUCUCGGCCCAGUCUCACGUUCGAUUGGAAGGUGCAGAUAGUCUCUACAGAUGUACAAGCCCUGUCGAACGGGCAAGUACAAUCGGCACAUGUCGUCAUUCGCGCGCCGCUACGGGUAGUCAGUCUUGGAGAAUUGGAGAAUUACUCUACGAAAUUUCUUGACAGAGGCUUCGUGGACUCGGGAUCGAUCUGGUUCUCUCCUUCCGAAGACGAGGACAGGCACUGGAAUCCUGAUAUACCGUUGUCGGAUGGGGUAUCAUUGUUCGCAGUUCUCUUCGCUCGCCGGACAGCGUCGAGCUAUGUGAAGGAGGUCAGGGCUGACGGGUGGUUCAAAGACGGCAUGUGCAAUCUCGGCAUCGUUGUGAAGAGAGUUGAGGAAGAACAGGACACGUUUGUCAGGGUUGGGUACUUUGAAGAGCACUUUUAUCCUUUGGAUACUUGGCCACUAUUUCCUGUCUACGAGAGGGUGACGAAGAGAACGAUCAAGAUCAUAUGA